UAUCUGGCUAUGGAUAUGGACAGUGCCAGUUCAGUGGUGCUGCAGGCGUUAACCCAAGCGACCAGUCAGGACACAUCUAUGCUGAAGCCUGCGGAGGAGCAGCUCCGACAAUGGGAGACCCAGCCAGGCUUCUACUCAGUCCUUCUGAACAUCUUCAAUAACCACAUGCUGGAUGUGAACGUUCGGUGGCUGGCUGUGCUCUACUUCAAAAAUGGCAUUGACAGAUACUGGAGGAGAGUAGCGCCUCAUGCAUUAUCAGAAGAAGAGAAGACGUCACUGCGUGCUGGUCUCAUCACAAACUUCAAUGAGCCUGUUAAUCAGAUAGCGACACAGAUCGCAGUACUGAUAGCCAAGGUGGCCCGUCUGGACUGCCCCAGGCAAUGGCCAGAGCUCAUUCCCAUUCUGCUGGAGUCCGUCAAGGGUCAGGACGGCUUGCAGCAGCACAGGGCGCUGCUCACAUUCUAUCACGUCACCAAAACACUUGCAUCCAAACGUCUGGCGCAGGACAGACGGCUUUUCCAGGAUCUGGCGUCGGGCAUCUACAGCUUCGCCUGCUCCCUGUGGAGCCAUCACACCGACUGCUUCCUCCAACAGAUCUAUGCCAGAGAUGAGGCUGCAGCACUCGGCUCGCUGGAGAGGACGCUGCUCUCUCUUAAAGUUCUUCGCAAGUUGACAGUCCACGGAUUUCAAGAGCCACAACAGAAUAUGGAAGUGAUGGGUUUUCUGAAUGCAGUGUUUGAAAGGCUAACACAGUUCCUGGAAUGCUGUCGACAAGUUGGUCCAGAUAGCACAUGCAGAGAAAAAUUGGAGAAGACGAUCAUAUUGUACACUAAAGUUUUGUUAGACUUCUUGGAGUAUCAUCCAUGCCCAUUCAUACCUCUCAUCCAGCGCUCCCUGGAAUUUGCCAUCAGCUACGUGUUCACACCGGCGGGGGAGGGUGUCACCUUUGAGCGCUUCAUCGUCCAGUGCAUGAACCUCAUCAAGUUGAUUGUAAAGAACGAUUCCUACAAACCUGCCAAGAACAUUGAAGAAAGUAAACCAGAGAGUCUGGAGGCUCACAAGAUCAAGACAGCAUUCUUCACACACCCCACACUGACAGAGAUUGGACGCCGGCUCGUCUCACACUACUUCCUUCUCACUGAGGAAGAGCUGGCAAUGUGGGAAGAAGACCCCGAGAGCUUUGCUGUUGAAGAAACAGGUGGUGACUCCUGGAAGUACAGUCUACGACCUUCUACAGAAGUAUUGUUCCUGGAUCUCUUUCACACCUACAGCCAGACGAUGACGCCGGUACUGCUGGAAAUGGUUCAGAAUCUCCAGGGCCCGACCAAUGCCGAGGACCCAGUCCAGCUGCUAAUGAAGGACGCAGUGUACAACGCAGUGGGCCUGGCAGCUUAUGACCUGUUUGACAAUGUGGACUUCGACCAGUGGUUCAAGAAUCAGCUUCUCGGGGAGCUGCAAGUCAACCAUCACAGGUACAAGUUGAUUCGUCGACGGGUCAUCUGGCUGAUAGGACAGUGGAUCUCUGUCAAGUUCAAAUCGGACCUUCGACCGUUACUAUAUGAGGUCAUCCUGAGCCUCAUGCAGGACCCUGAUUUGGUGGUGCGGAUUGAGACAGCUACAACCCUGAAGCUCACUGUUGAUGACUUUGAGUUCCGGACAGAACAAUUCCUCCCUUACCUGGAGUCGAUCUUUGGGCUGCUCUUCCAGCUGUUGCAGCAGGUGACGGAGUGCGACACUAAAAUGCAAGUGCUCCACGUCAUCUCCUGUGUCAUCGAGAGGGUAAACAUCCAGAUACGGCCAUAUGUCGGUUGCCUGGUUCAGUACCUGCCCCUCCUCUGGAAGCAAUCUGAAGAACACAACAUGCUUCGCUGUGCCAUACUCACUACACUCGUCCACCUGGUACAGGGCCUUGGGGCAGAGAGUAAGAACCUGUACCCUUUCCUUCUGCCUGUCAUCCAGCUGAGCACUGAUGUUUCCCAGCCACCUCAUGUGUAUUUGCUGGAGGACGGACUGGAGCUCUGGUUGGUGACUUUGGAGAACAGCCCAGCCGUCACGCCAGAACUGCUCAGAAUUUUCCAGAACAUGUCCGCUUUGUUUGAGUUGAGCUCCGAGAAUCUGCGCACCUGCUUUCAGAUCGUAAACGCCUACUUAUACUUGUCGGCCACAGACUUCCUGCAGAACUAUGCAGAAUCACUGUGUCGAUCCUUCUGUGAUCUGCUGAAAGACAUCACGAAUGAGGGACAGGUCCAAGUGCUCAAGGUGGUGGAGAUAGCUUUAAAGGUUAGCCCCAUACUGGGAGCCCACAUGUUCCAGCCCCUGCUGCCAGCUGUCUUCAGAGGAAUCGUGGCCGGCGAGAGAUAUCCCGUGGUGAUGUCCACCUACCUUGGCAUCAUGGGACGUGUCCUGCUCCAGAACUCCAGUUUCUUCUCCUCAUUGCUCACCCAAAUUGCCUCCGAGUGCAGCCAGGAGAUGGGCCAGUUGCUGGGCACCGUGAUAGAGAUGUGGGUCGACCGCAUGGACAACAUCACUCAGCCAGAAAGGAGGAAGCUGUCGUCGCUGGCUCUGCUUUCCCUUCUACCAUCUGACAACAGUGUGAUCCAGGACAAGUUCUGCGGCAUCAUCAACAUCUCCGUCGAGGCGCUGCAUGAUGUCAUGACAGAAGAUACCGAAACAAGCACCUACAAAGACUGCAUGUUGAUGAGUCAUUUCGAGGAGCCCAAGCUAAGUGAUGAUGAGGAGCCACCAACCGAACAGGACAAGAGGAAGAAGCUGUUGGCCCUGGAGGACCCGGUGCACAGCGUCUCUCUGCAGCAGUUUGUCUAUGAGAAGCUGAAGGCGCAGCAGGCCCUGAUGGGCGACCAGGGGUUCGGGGUCCUGAUGGAGACCGUGGACACAGAGCUGGUCCGGCAGCUCCAGGAGUUCCUGCAAGGCCUGUGAAUCAGUCGGUCACUUCACAAGCAUCUUUUGAUGCCACCCUCUCACCCCCUUCGGUUCUUUAAUGUACUGGAAAAAGGCUAACAAUCUGCCCGACGUGUGGACUCCUGCAAUCCAAACCUUCCCAACCUCUACCCAUUCUAUGCCUUAUCUAUAUUCAGACUUGCCCACUGUCCUCAGCCUACACACCUUGUCCCUUCUCUUUGUGGAUUCCUUUACAUCCUUUUUUUUAUUUAUUUUUUUAAUCAAGAUGGGGUUUCUGUGAGUGCUUAAAAAAGUAAAAGCACCCCCACAUUUUUUUAAAUCUCCCACAUGAAAACCUCACCACACUCGAGCUUCCACUCAUUUGUUAUAGUUUCUUUUUGUGGUUUAGACGUGGAGCGGGAAGAGAACCCGAGGGAAAGUAAAAGAG